GCCCGAAGCACUGGAAGCAGUGGAAGGAGUAUCAAGAAAUUCGGAUAAUUCUGUCGAUGAAUUAAACGAUCAUCUAGAUGAAGAUCAUGAAGUUGCAGUGAACUUGGAAAUGGACUCUGAUAUGGUAAUGAUAGUAUUCUUUAAAACUUUCGUUUUCAACUUUUCAUAGAUAAGCCCAUCGAGAACUAGGAAAGGCUACCUCGUGAAUUUUCUUUCUAAUUGCCAUUGUCCUAAUUUCCUACUGUCUGCUGAAAUAACAAAAUUUCAAAAUUAAUAUUUUCAUUUUACGAGUGCGUCAGCGACGAGGAAGAAGGUCAACCACUGCUUAAAAGAAUGAAUAGUUUACCUCCCAGAAAGCAAAGAAAAAAGGCAAGAGCACCUCCCGUAUUUCCUAAAAAAUGGCUUUCCAAUCCUAAAUAUAAAGAAUGGCUACGUUAUGAUGUGCAACAUAACACAAUGUGGUGUGAUUUUUGUCGAAGUAACAAGAUAUGUGGAGUGUGGGCUGAGCAAGGAACACAAAACUUCAGGUGAUUAUAUUUCCAUCUGGCAAAAAACGUACGAAUCCAACAUUUUUUUUAAAAUUUUAGUUACUUUCUCAACAAAUUACAGGAAAAAAACUCUUCUUGUCCACAUGGCUAGCAAUGAUCAUGCAAGAUUUGCAUUGGCCCGUAAUCCAGCGCAAUCCACAGUGGUGAAAACCAGGGAAAAAAUGAAAAAACAGGAAGCGCGUUCUUAUAAAUCAGCUUUAAGAACAGUCUACUGGAUUUCUAGUGAGGAAAUUCCUAACUGCAAAUAUCCAAGCCUUCUUCAGUUCCAACGUAAGCAGGGUGUCAAGGACAUCAUUCAAAUGAAUCGAGGAAAGAAUUGUAAAAAGGAAAGUCCAGAAUCCUUUCACGAGCUCCUCCACUCAUUAAGUGAAGUAUGUAAUAGUUUUUUUCAGUUAGUAGUUAUAUUGUUAAUUAAUGUUGUGGAGUCAAAUUAUAUAUUGUAUGGAAUUACAGGUUUUCCAGAGAAAAAUGCUCAACCACCUUAAUUCUUCGCCCUUCAUUGGCCUUGGUAUCGAUGAGUCCACAGAUAGGUCACAGGAAAAGCAUAUAGCUGCUGUAGUUAGAUAUGUCGACUCCAACGAAACGAAGAUCAAGACCUCAUUUCUUAAAUUAUCAGUUAUUACAAGCGGCACUGCUCCAGCAAUUGUUGAAGCUGUCAAGAAAAUCCUAGGAGAUUUUAGCAUUCCUGUGAACAAGGUACAUUACAUUUACAUAAUUGAAAUGAGUACUCAGGAAAUAUUUGACCAGAGAUUAGUGAUCUCUUAUUAAUAAUAUUUAAAAAGAUUAUGAAGUACAGUUGUGAAUUUAUACAACAUUAAUACAUUCUAUAGCUCACAGGUUUAGGUAUAGAUGGAGCAUCUGUGAUGGCAAGUGAUAUGAAUGGUGUAUUGGGACUUCUGCAGCGAGAGAACCCAUUUCUAAUUGGUAUUCACUGCAUUAACCACAGACUUCACCUUGCUGUUUCCAAGGCAGCAAAAGAUAUAAAGAAUGUGAAUACACUAUCCACUAUACUCAGCACUAUUUACCAGCAUGUGAACAACUCACCUAACAGGCUUCAAAAGUUUAAAAAUUUGGCUGAUGUGCUAGGUGCGAUUAAUCAUGACAAUGCACCUGAAGAAGGAAACGAGAACAUUGCACCAUCCUUAAAGUAUCUAAAGUUCAAGCGAGUAAGAAUUAAUAUAGAUGAAUAUUAUGAAUUAAUAUAGCAGAUCCUGGAGCAUUGAAGAGGGAAACUGGAUGAUUAACUUGUUUUCUUUUCAGAUUUUUGAUAUAAGGUGGUUGUCUGUUGGGGAAGCAGUAAAGGCAGUGAUUCAUAAUUACCAACCCCUGCUUAUUCUGCUUGAAGAAGAAGCUGCUAACGAUGAACCUACUUCGAUGGGACUUUUGGAAAAGCUAUCCUCGUAUAAAUAUGUAGCUCUACUCCAUCUCUUGGGUGACGUCGUGGGAGCUACAAAUCACCUCUGCAGAAUUUUUCAGUAUCGAGAUAUUUCAUUUUCUACAUUGCAAAGUCAGGUACUCUAACUAAAAUUUAUAAAGUUGUUACUAUAAUUCAUAAGAGACUAACUAAGAUGAAUAAAUAUCAAUUUAAUUACUUUAGCUACCAAUAUUUGUCGAGACUUUACAAGAUAUGAAGAAUCAACCUGGAAAGUAUCUUCAGAUGUUUCUUGAGUGUGUGGAAGAAGGAUCUGACGAGAUAAUUUUUGAAGGAGUUCACCUAAAAACUAAUCCUCAUCGAAACGAAAGAAUGAAUCAGUUGGAAGAGUUUGAGACAGACAGGCAAGCAUUCAUUGAUGCCCUGGUAAACAACAUCACAUCAAGGUUCCCCAAUGUUCAACUACUUUCUGCUUUUCAGGUAGUUAAUAUCAAUCAUUGUAAAAAAAAUAGUUUUUUAGUUCAGUAUAUUUUUAGUAUACAUAUAUAUGUAGUAUAAGGUGGACAAAAAGCCUUAGCAAGGUUAACAGCCCAAAUGUAAAUUGAAAAACGAAGUCAAAUAGAAAAACAGUUAAUCAGCUUUUAUUUAUUAUCCAGCAUCCCGUAGUAUCUAGUGUCUCAUUAUUUUAUAGAUAUUUGAUCCUUCUGCUUACCCAGAAAACCUUCAGCAACUCGCAGGAUGGGGUUAUGACCAUCUCAAAAACCUGCUCGAUUUCUAUGGCGAACCUAAGCGUUUGGAGAAUCAAGUCAUCCAGGCUUUGGUGAAACCAGAAGCUGCGGAAGAAGAGUUCCUGUUUUUCAAACGGCUUGUUUACCAAAACAGGGGAGAAGAUCGAAACGAAAAUGAGCAGCUGAAGUUCUGUUUUUACAAACCGCAAGAAUUAUUUACUAAGCUAUUUGGUGGUGGCAAUGUAGACAACAAAAUGAUCUAUCCACGUACGUUUAUUCCAUUAGCAUCAUAUUAAAUUCCUAAAUCCUAGAAACAGUUUACUAAUACUACCAGUUGCCAUAUAAUGUGAAUACAAUGUUUGCUCUUCCCUUCUCUAGAAAUAUACAAGCUUAUGGUCUUGACCUUGACAACGAUGCCUUCAAAUGCAGAGGCUGAACGUGUAUUUAGCGUUCAGAACAGAGUCAAAACCAAGCUGAGAACAAGGCUUGGGAUAAAUAUACUGGACGAGCUUGUGAGAGUGUCAUAUUCUAAGACAUCAGGAGAGUCCCUUGAUUUAGAUACUGCUUUAGCUAUAUUUAACGAGAAGCCACACAGGUGGUACUAG